ACCGCACGGUAGACGUUACAAGGCGGAAGUAAAUACAUGUUGAAAAGCGAGAGAAGAAAAACUCGAGUUCAGUUGGGGAUUGUGGAAGAAUCCAAGUCUUCCUGAAAAGCGCUUUUACUGGGAGUUGUUGGCGGACUUUAAGCCGAAGAGUGACUGGAUGAGAUUUGGGUUUUAGUUCACUGAAGUAGCAGUGUGGAGAGUUGGAAAGAUAAGGUUGAAAUACGGUGAUGGAGGAUGGUGGCCCUGUCGAUGAAAACAGUGUUGAAGGUUCCAGAGGAGCAAGCCUGGCUUGAAGCUGCCCAGACCUUCAUCCAAGAGAGCCUUUGUCCAACUGACAAGGAACCUAAUGUCCAAUUCACUCAGUCAGUGAUUGAUUGUGUGAAGACUGUCUGGUUGUCCCAGGGGAAGUACCAAGGUUUUACACUGCCCCUCAGCUACAGCUUUGUCUCAGUACAGAACCUCAGGACCCACCAACGUCUCCCAUGCUGCAGCCAUCUGUCCUGGAGCAGCAGUGCAUACCAGACAUGGGCCCAAAAGGCUAGGCCAAAUGGGGUCCCUCUUCCCCGGGAGCGACUGUUACUUGUAGGAACACUAACAGACCUAUCAGGUGACUUGGAACAAGGGAGCAGGAAUGGAAGCCUCUAUGUGAAAGAUAACACUGGUAUGCUGAGCUGUGAGCUCAUAGACUUGGACCUUUCUUGGUUGGGCCAUCUCUUCCUGUUCCCCAGUUGGAGUUAUCUCCCUCCUGCCAGGUGGAAUUCCUCAGGGGAAGGGCACUUGGAGCUCUGGGAAGCCCCUGUACCAGUAUUUCCUUUGACUGUCAGUCCUGGCCCUCUCACACCUCUCCCUGUCUUGUACCCAGAGAUUGCAUCCCGCCUGCUCAGACAUAGAAGCAAGUUCAGAGUUGAGCAGCACAAUCUGGCCGGGAAGCUGAUUCAAUUGAGUGCUCUGGUGAAAAGUAAAAAGAAAGCAUACUUUAUCCUCUCUCUUGGUGAAUUAUCCCCAACUGUCAGCCAAGCCAUCAGCCAUGUGUCCAUCAUUGUGCAGAUCCCUGCCCAGCUGGUGUGGCACCGGGCUCUUUGCCCUGGUAAGGCCUAUGUGCUGACACAACUGCGAGUAUCCAGGAUCCGUGGUCACCAUUACUGUGUUUGGAUGACCAGUCCCUUCUCCCAUCUGAUGCUGCUGGAACCAGAAUGUGUGCAAGAGCUGGAGCUGGAAGGACCCUUCUUGGAGACUGACUCCAAAUCACUUCCCACAUCCAGCAACUUCCAGGACAAGAAGGAACCAAAAGGUCUUAUGCGGGAUUCUAGACUCUUACACUAUACGGGAAUAGUCACUGGUGUGUUGAAUGAGCCUGCUGGCCUCUAUGAGUUGGAUGGGCAGCUGGGCCUCUGCCUUGCAUACCAGCAGUUUCACGACCUCAGGCGGGUGAUGCGACCAGGGGUCUGCCUGGAGCUCCAGGAUGUUCACCUCCUCCAGUCAGUGGGUGGAGGGACAACAAGACCAGUGCUAGCAUCCUGCCUCCGUGGAGCUAUCCUGCUUCGGGGCUUUUCUUGUCAGAAGCCUGGGACUCAGUCAUCCCUCCAAACUCAUGGGGCCUCCUUGUAUGAGCAGUUGGUGUGGGAACGGCAGUUAGGUCUUCCUCUCUACCUGUGGGCUGUCAAGGUCCUGGAAGAGCUGGCCUGCAAGCUAUGUCCCCACCUGUUGAGACACCAGCAGUUCCUGCAGCAUUCUUCUCCUGGAAACCCUAGUCUGGGAUUGCAACUCUUGGCUCCCACCCUGGAUGCUCUAGCCCUGCCCAGCAGAUCCAUUCGGAAUGCACACAAGGAGAUCCUUGAAGAGCCACAUCACUGUCCCCUACAGAAAUAUGCUCAGCUGCAGACUCCCUGCUCUUUCCCAACUCUGGCCACUCUGGCAGAGGAAGGACGGCAUAGGGCUUGGGCCUCCUUUGACCCAAAGGAACUUCUGCCUCUCCCAGAGGCUGCCCACCUGCCCUGCUGCCAACUUAAUCACCGCCUGGCCUGGUCCUGGAUCUGUCUGCCUCCUGCUGCCUUCCACCCACCCCAGGCUUUAGUUGGGGUUCUGGUGGCUUCAUCUCACAAAGGUUGUUUGCAGCUUCGGGACCGAAGUGGUUCCCUCUCCUGCCUGCUCCUGGCCAAGCACUCACAACCCCUCACUGAUCCUCAGCUUAUAGGUUGCCUAGUACGGACAGAGAAGUUCCAGUUGGUGGUAGAGAGGGACGUCAGAAGCAACUUCCCUUCCUGGAAGGAGCUAGGCAUGACUGGUUUCAUCCAGAAACAGCAAGCCAGAGUCUACGCCCAGUUCUUUCUGGCAGAUGCCCUGAUUCUGCCUGUGCCCAGAUCCUUCCAUCAUUCCUCAGCACCACCUCAGACAGAGCCUACCUGCUUAGGACAGAGCCGACUAUUCUUGCUGUCCCACAAAGAGGCCCUCAUGAAGCGGAAUUUUUGUACCUCCUUGGGAACCACUUCAGAGGUGCCCAAGCCCACCCUCAGUUUCCAUGUAUCAGGUUGCUGGCUUGGGGGCACCCAGAAAAAGGAGAGGAUUGGAUGGGGCCCGCCUGAGCCCCUCACAGUUGAGAACAAGGAUCAGAAGGUUCUCCUCAUCUUCCUUGGCUCUUCAGUCCGCUGGUUUGAGUUUUUGCACCCAGGGCAGGUUUACCGACUUGUGGCUCCUGGCCCUGCUACACCAAAAUUGUUCGAGGUGGAGGGGUCAUCCUGUACAUCUCAACGUCCUCUGGAGUUGGCUGGCUGUGUGUCCUGCCUCACUGUUCAAGAUGAGUGGACCCUGGAGCUUGAGAGCGCUCAAGACUUACCUGAUAUGCUGGGAAUACACAAAGCAUUGUCUGGAUCCUUGUUGACUGACUUACUUGGUGCCAAUGUAUUUCUUUUACCUUCCAGCGUCACUGAUUCCUUGGUGUCUUUCUCAGCUGAGAUUUUGUCACGGACAGUGUGUGAGUCACUUAAGCCCGUUUGUCAGAUGAAGCCUGGGAACACUGAGGUAAGAAGGUGUGUGAAGCUAACUGUAGCUAUAGGGACUGCUGACUCUGAAUUCCUCCCUCGCCUGGACAUAUAUAUUGAAGACCCACACUUGCCUCCCCCACUAGGACUUCUUCCAGGAGCUCGAGUUCACUUUAACCAACUGGAAAAAAGAAUUUCCAGGUCUCACAAUGUUUAUUGUUGCUUUCGGUCAUCUACUUAUGUGCAGGUCCUGAGUUUUCCUCCGGAGACCACAGUCAGUGCUCCACUGCCUCACAUCUACCUGGCUGAACUUCAGCAGGGUAACUGGGGCCCAUUCCAAGCCACUGCAUCUUGCCAUGUCAUUUCCGUUGUCAGCCUUCAGCUCCUGUGGGUGUGUGCACAUUGUACCAGUGUCUGCCCCCAGGGAAGGUGUAUUCGUCAGGGUCCCGCUUGCUCCACUCAGACUUCUAUAAGCCAAGCCAGCAUCAGACUUCUGGUAGAGGAUGGGACUGCUGAGGCGAUGGUGACCUGUAGGAAUUAUCAUGUGGCAGCAGCACUAGGGCUAUGUCCUAAUGAGUGGACCUCCCUCCUAGAGUUUAUCCGAAAGCCAGGGAGAGUAGUCUUGAAAUUUACAGGACCUGGAGCGCAACUAGAGUCUUCAGCCAAGAUUGAGGAACCCUUGAUUCUCUACCUCCACACACUUUGUACCAGCCCUUCUGUCCUCCGCCCUGUUGUGCUUUCUUUUGAGCUUGAGAGGAAACCCUCUAAUAUUACUCCAUUAGAACCUCCUCGGCUACAGCGGUUCCAGUGUGGAGAGUUCCCUCUCCUGACUAGGGUGAAUCCCAGGCUCCAACUGGCCUGUCUUUGUAUCCAGGAGUCAUCAGAGCACCCCAACUCUCAGGGGGCCUUCACUUCUUCAUGUUAACCUGAACUGCAAGGAUUGUCAGAAAAUUCUUCCUUAGUGGAAAAUUUCAGGCCUUUCUGCUCCGGUUGUGGCCAUGGCCCAGAUCUUUGGAUUCACAAACUGCUACCCCCUGUGAUCUUUUAUUCUGGUGCCAGCCUGCCUCAGGAACACUGUGGGAACAGCAAAUCUGCGCUAUUGAUAUUUCCUUUGCUUGGGAGUUAAGGCACCUUCACUCACAGGUGACCCUAAGCAUUUGGAUCUACCUUUGUGGCAGGAACUAGAGGAAUCAAAAAAGGUUGCCCCUUAUGAGGACGUUUUUGACAGUGAUUUGAACUGCAGUAAAGCUUUCUGGGAACAUUUCUCAUUUAGGUCCAUCUCAUUCCUCCAUUUCUGGUAUUCUGGUAGGGACUGAGCAAAUCCAACUCUGUAAGCUUGGAAUCUACAAUCUUAGCAAGUACUAAUUUCAAACCUCCUGACUCCCUGGUGGCUGGCCCAUUGUUCAUCAUUAUUUCAACCCUUUGUUUACACAGUGCCAACUAUGGAAAGUGAUUCAUAGUAGAACUUCUGGUCCAGCAGGAUGAUACCACAGAGAGUAAAUUGAGAAAUGGAGGGUAGUUUAGAGAAUAUGGCUAUGGUGGUCUCAGCAAGGUUGGGCCUGGGAAAAAGUGAGGUAUGACAGCCUAGAGAUGUUGGGAAGUACAACACUGGUGUUGGGGAGGGAAGGAGGAAUACGGGAAGACGGAUUCUUCUACUGUAAGACUCCAGAGGAGGGGUCAGCACUGUGGGUUCCCCCACGGCCAGGCCUAGGUAAGAUCAUUGACCAACACCAUGAGACCGCAGGAACUCGCAAAUCGACAGGUAGAAUUAAUCUGCAUGCAUUUAGUUGUCCACCCCGUUUCAGCUGAGAGCUACUUGCUCUCUAGGUGUAGAGGUAGAGCGAAGCCCCUUUAGAGCUGUUUAAGGAGCAUAUCUUCUUGACUGUUAAGGAUAGGUUUCAGUCUGCAUUGGAGUAUUUUUUAGUUUGAAAUGCCUACUUGCCAAGAUUAUAGAUUGUAAACCCAUGAAUUGGGUUCACUCAGGCCCUAUCAGAACACCUGAAGUGGAGGUAUA